AUGCAUACCUAAUAUUUAUUUCACUCCACGAAGGAAUGAUUGAGUAUGUUGUGCAAUAAUCGAUUCGACCCUAUUUCAAUUUUAAAACUUUGGAAAGAGUAGUAGCUUGCCAGGCUAUUUGCGUUUUUUUUUUAGAAUAAAUCUUACUACUAUUAACAUGGGAAAAGUACUGUCUGUUAUUUCGAGGCAAGCAAAUCGCUUUAAUGUUGAAAAUCGUGCAGAAAAAGUGAUUUCACAGAAUAAACCAAAACCGGCUCCUACAUUCAGCUCUAAUCAAAAAGACCUAGAAAGGAUACUACAAGAGUAUCCUGAAAUAAUAGAAGAGCAAAGCAAAAAACAUGGAACUUUAGAUGAUAAUUUAAGGCAUGUGUAUGUGACUUCAACCGAUAAGUUUCCUGUUACUAAUGUGAAGGAUAAACCAUUGCCGCUUGAUCGCACAUCAGUCGAAAGUUUCGAAUUAGGACAUCUGGAACCCACAACAGUUGCAAAAGGUCGAUGUUCGUUACGGCAGGCUAUGACGUUUAUCUCAAACCAUCAGGUGGAUCCUAAUAUAUGGAACGUAACAAAAAUCGCGAAUGAUUUUCAGAUGAAGGAAGCACUAGUUGAAGAUAUUUUAAAACACUUCAAGACCUUUGAAUUGCAUAUUCCAACGAAAGUUAGUGAAGGGAAACAACUUCUAGUUAAACCAAAUAAAACAUAAGCUGCAAA